AUGACUUCGACGCAGCCGUACACGGUACCAAUAGUCGCCGGCGAUCUUCGCCGUGCUGAAUUUGUCAAACAGAUUGCAAGUACGUUCGAUUACAUGGAUGCCAUAUCACAGGAUAUGUUCAAUCGUAUCGCUAUUCGGCUGAAUGUUUAUCGAGCACAAUUGAAUAAAUUCGACGAACGCAUUCAACAUGCCAAUGAACAUAUUGAUCGUAUUAAAGGUUCGAAACGUGCUAUUCAAGUCCAUUCAAGUGCGCGUUAUCCCGUCGAACAAAACCGGUCGACCUACCGAUCGAUAUUUGAAUGUGACAACGAAAAUGAAGAGAAUAAACCGCCAGUUUUACAUUAUAAUCCAUUCCAUUUAAAUGAAACAGUGGAUAAAUUCAUAGAUCCGAAUGAUAAGGAAUCGAAAUCGAACGAUGAAACGUUAAUUAUAUUAAAACAAUACGAUGAUAAUUUCAUUCAAAAGACCAAACGAACGGUUCUCAACGGACUCGGCAGACCACCGUCGAAUAUUAAAUCCGUGGUUUCAUUCCUUAAAUACAAUACACAGGAGAAUCCGUAUACACAACCGACCAAAAUUGAUCCGUUGAGUGUUGGUGGUCGAGUACGAAAGCUCGCUGAAGAGCCUACACAACCACGUAUUGUCGAGACACCGCUACCCGCUUUCUAUAAGCAAAUGUCUGAACGUCCAGCCAUGGGCGAUUUAAGUUACAAUCCAACGUUGGGCCUCAUUCCAGAAAUGUCUCUCCCAGACAAUCUACCUGAAUUGGAUAACUAUGCUACGUUUGAUGAUAAUACGGCACUUGCGUGGACCAAGCAACAAAUGACAUCGAUUGCACCAUCACUAGCUAUUUCGAUGUUACCAGAUAUCAAUGAUACACCGACCAAUGUUACAUCUGCGCCUGUGGUUGAACCUCAGAAGCCAGCAGCACCUGCUCCUCCUCCUCCAGUCGACAUUCCCGCCAUUAUUCCUUUAACAUCUGCUUCUACUUCGGUCCCACCACCAGCUCCACCUCUAUCAUCCACGGUUCCUUCUGUGUUAUCACCACCACCGCCUGCUCCAUUUACCAACGAACUUCCUGCUCCAACCGACAGCAUUACUAAUGAAAUCAAAAGCAACAACAACGACGACGAUGACGACGACGACGGUGGCAAUCCUCUACUAGCACAAAUCCGUAAUUUUUCAAAAACAAAUAAACUCAAAUCUGCUACACGGUCAAAUCCAGUCGAUGAGGUAUCACUACCAACUUCCAACGACCAGGAAAGUAUUAUGGAAACGCUGAAAAAACGUUUAGCUCAGAGGCGUGGUCUUAUUGCCGGUGAAACAUCUUCGUCAGCACCGUCGUCUUCAGCUGCUGACAAAGCAGCAGCGCCUCCAGCAACUAGCGGUUCUCUCGUUGAUGCAAUUGCUGCAAAAGCAAAAGACAUCGCCGAACAGCAACGUAAACAAAAUGAUUCAGAUGAUUCCGACGAUGGUAAUGAUGAUGAUUGGGAAUGA